AUGUCAUAUCUAACAGAAAUCAUUUCAGCACUUGCUGCAGCUAGGCCUAAAUGGUUUAGCGGUAAUGGAGUAGAGCACGUCCAAGCUCAUGCAGCAGAUCGACUGCCGUCUGAAACAAACAGAAUAAUUGACUCCCUCGACGCUGUUCAGCCUGAGGUGUUUGGCGGUAACGAAGUCGAACGUCUAAAGGUACGCGCUGCAGCCCGUCGACUGCUUGCCAGGGUGGAGACACCAUAUGAGCGUGCCUGGGGCUUCUGUUUUGAACAGCCUGUCGUCUUUGCCGCUCUACAGACAUGCAUCGACUUGGGUCUUUGGAAGUCCUGGACGAAAGUAGGAGGGGAGAAGUCUAUCAAUGAACUGGUCGCAUUUACCACUCCCGCUGUCGAUACAAACCUACUACGUCGAUUGUUCCGCUUGCUGGCUGCUUUCAACGUUGUUGAGGAGACAGUGGAAGACAGAUUCAAACCAACUCCGUUCUCGAACGCUAUCGGCGAUGAGAGCACCAAGGUCCGCGCCUCACUUCAAGCAGCGACUAAUCAAUACCUUGCUGCUGGUCAUAACCUGCCGACUUAUCUAGCAAAGAUAUCUUACAAAGAGCCCACGGAAGUCAAUACUAAUAAUCACUCGGACAGUGACCCCGACGGCCUCAACUUCUUUGGGCGAUUGCAGAGAAGCCCCGCUUGCUACGAAGCUUUCAAUGGCCACAUGGAAGCAUGGACGGCAUGGAAAACUCCGUGGACUAAGGUCUAUGAUACAACAAAGUUGCUAGAGGGUGCCAAGCUAGACGAUGGCUCUCCAUUCGUGGUUGAUGUUGGUGGGAGCACUGGGAUUGAUAUUUCCCACGUUCUUGCAAAACAUCCAGGCCUUCCCAGUGGAUCACUAGUCCUGCAGGAUCUUCCAGAAGUGAUUGGCAAAGCGACAGUUGAUGAUAAGAUCACGGCUAUGGUUCAUGAUUUCUUCUUACCUCAGCCAGUGAAAGGGAGUCGUGCAUACUUUAUGCACGCAGUUCUUCACGAUUGGCCAGAUGACAAGGCUAAGCAAUUGCUUGUGAACACUAAAAAUGCAAUGGUCAAGGGCUAUUCUAAGCUUUUUAUUUAUGAUAUUGUUCUUCCUCCCACAGGAGCGAGCAUCAGUCAGGCCACAAUGGAUGUGGAGAUGAUGUCGUUGUUAUCGGCUUCUGAGCGAACACAAGGCGCAUGGACGAAGCUGUUGACCGAUGCUGGGCUUCAAAUUGUUAACUUUUGGCCCGACCCUCAACAGUAUGAGAUGGUCAUUGAGGCUGAGGUCGCCUAG